CUCAAGGCCAGCCGAGAUAGCGCUGUUUGUCGGCGUAGUUUCAAGUUUCACGUCCGGCUGUAAUGAGUGAUGGUUGCUCGGUCCUCCAGUGGUGCGGCCUGCAUGUGGGUUUUGAAGAGCUCUGAUUUCUUGCGUUUGGUAAACAUGCCGAGCCAUGAGGAACUGCGACGAAUGGGCUUACUCGUUCAGUGGCAGACAGGAUUCUUUUGUAUUUUCGUAUCUCACCAAUGGCUGGGACUCAACCAUCCAGAUCCUAGAGGUGAGCAACUCCCCGUGCUUCAGGAAGCUUUGCGGAAUCUUCUUGCUGGUAGCAAGUUGUCGGUGGAUGCAGUGUCAGAGCUUUUCGGCCACAUGAUUAGCAUCAAAGCAGAGGACUUGCGCCUCCAAGAGUCUUAUGUAUGGAUGGAUUGGUUCAGCAUUCCGCAGGACAAACUCCAACCUGCGCAGUUUUCUGCUGUGGAUGAUGGGCAUGAGCCCCUUGGAAGCUCCGAGGAUGAAUCUGCUCCCAGUAUGCAACACACCACCUCCCAGCAGUGUUACAUAAGCAAAAUCCCCGUGUUUGUCGAGCUGUGUAACAUGUUUGUGGUGCUGGUCCCACACGUUCGCCACACUGACACUGGAGCGACCUGUAACUAUGGCAGUUGGCUUUCCAGGGCGUGGUGCAGAUUGGAGCUGUGGUGCAAGAUGCUAGCGCAGAAUGCGAGCAUCCCAGUUGUUGUGGUCACAGCUCCUGAUCAGUUGGAGUUUGCAGUGCCGUCGCAUUGGAUCGACCGUCCACCUCAUGAAGGAGAGUUCACUUUCGAGGCCGAUCGGGACCGAAUAAGCUUUAUUAUGAAGAAGCUGCUCAAGCGCAAGCUACAAUCACUGGAAGAUUCUGAUAAUUUGAAUACAUUACGAUACUUUGUCGCUAGAUAUAACACCUUGCUUGGCAAGCCCUGUCCCCAACGGACUCUUUCGAGCUUCCUUGCCGACUUCCGGUUCGAGUCCUUGAAGUGCGCUAAGACGGUGCACGGCAUGUCUCCAAUGGCAUGCGCGGUUCUUUCUGGCGAUGCAGCGCUGAUAUCCGUUCUUUGUGAUGCAGGUUGUGACGUGGACAGGCCCAUUGAGACUCUUCAUGAUUUGGCUGUGAACACCACUGGCACUCCACUAGUGCUGGCAGUUUCUCAAGGGUGGCGGCACGAGCCGGUUUUAACAGCCCUCCUGGAGCACGGCGCCGAUGCCAAUGCUGUGAAUGACUGGAGCUACCCUGUGCUUGGCUAUUGCAAGACGGCUCGCAGUGUGGAACUUUUGGUUCAGCACCAAGCAGAUGUGAACAAGCAGACUGCUCCGGCAUUCAUUCCACCUCUAUCACUGGCCUGCUUCAAUUGUGCGGCGCCAGAGGUCAUAGCAAUGUUACUCAAGCAUGGCGCACAUGCAAACCCGGUGCGGAGGGGCACAGCUGGCAUCUAUCCACUUGCAAAUUUGGCGGUCUAUGCAUCUGUGAAUCCUAAGAGCUUGACUGUGGCAGACCUUCUCCUAGAUGCCAAGGCAGAUGUAAACAUGCAGUAUGAUUCCUCACAUGGCAUCUUCCGAGUACUGGAGCUAGUGAGUCGGAUUCGGGUCAUGUUCGGCUCCACAUCCCCCAUGGCGCACCUCAUGGCCGAGUGGACUACAACCCCCUUGGGCUAUGCUUCUUUUUUUGGCAAUGACGAGAUGGUGGACUUCCUUCUCAAAGCCAGAGCGGAUCCUGAGAUUCCCAACGCCCGAGGGAGAACGCCAAUUCAACUUGCCCGCUCUCAGAGGGUUUUGAGUGUGUUCUCUCAAGAGCCAAGAUGAGUGAGGCAACAGGGAGGAAAGUGUGCAGGGGAACAGCCGCCUGCCCUCUAAAAGCAGUUUCCAAUUCGUUGUGUACCAGGGUCACUGGUGCUCUGCGGUUGCUUUGCGUCAGCCGCCAUUGGCUGAGUGCACAGUUUCUGUGCCCUGUAUGAAUGGUACUCUUUGAGCUGGCACGCUGCAAGCUUUGUGGCUCUUCGCGAUUUUGAGCCAUGAGCCUUUUCUUGAGCCAGGAUAAAGAAGGCCCAUCUUGCAGCGAUCCCGAGGCCAAAGGGCUCUGGUGACUCGUUUCCUUUUAGCAAGGAGAGCAGGGUGUCAAGGCACAAGGACCUUCUGCUUUGCUGAGCUUAGCGCACUCUUUCUUGCAGCUCUUGCAGAUUUGGAACGAGGUGCGGAGA